AAAGAGAGGGAGAGUCUUUACAUUGCCAUUGAGCAUCAGAGGAGAGGGGAUCUUAAGGAAGUCCUGUGUUUGUGUGAAACAGAGAGAGAGAGAGAAAUAGAAGGAGAGAAAUAAAGAGAGAGAAAUAGAGAGAGAGAGAGACAGAGAGAGAGAGAGACAGAGAGAGAGAGAGAGAGAGAGAGAGAGAGAGAGAGAGCGAGCGAGUGAGAGAGAGAGAGAGAGAGAGAGAGGGAGAGAGAGAAAGAGAGAGAGAGGAAGGAAACACCACAUAAAGAGACAGAAGAUACCCUUUCCUGGAACUCUCCAGUCCUCUCUGACUGUCGCCGCUCACUGAGGGAGAAAGACAGCAGUGUUUUAAAGAGGAACAGUGGACCUGGUUGUCAUUCUGCUGAGGGCUGAGACAAACAGAGAAGAAGACAUGUCUGGUCAUUUACUGAGGAGAAACUCCAGCAAGGCAGGUCUGCAGAACCUCCUCAGGGUGACGGCCCAGCGCAGUAUUGAGGAUGCUGAGGAGAUAGAGCGGGAACAGCGACGGAGGGCCAGGGAGAGACAGGGAGACCAGGUCCCCCACACCCACAUUGGCCCAGCCAGCACCACCAGCCCCACACCGGACAAUGGGCUCCUGGAGCUAUAUCCAUUGUGUGAGAGUGAGCUGAAGGCCAGCGGCUGCCAGUUGGCUCUGGAGGAGGACGAGGGCUUCAGUGACUGGACCCAGAGGUUGGAGAAACGCAGACAGCGCCACCUGGAGGAACAGGAGUCCUGGGAGGACCAUCAGCCCCAGCAGCAUCAGCCCCAGCAGCAGUAUCAUCCCCAGCAGCAGCAGCAGCAGCUCCAGCAGCAUCAACCCCAGCAGCAGCAUCAACCCCAGCAGCAGCAGCUCCAGCAGCAUCAGCCCCAGCAGCAUCAACCCCAGCAGCAGCAGCAGCAGCAUCAGCCCCAGCUGCAUCAGCCCCAGCAGCAUCAACCCCAGCAGCAUCAACCCCAGCAGCAUCAACCCCAGCAGCCCCAGCAGCAUCAGCCCCAGCUGCAUCAGCCCCAGCAGCAUCAACCCCAGCAGCAUCAACCCCAGCAGCAGCAGCAGCAGCCCCAGCUGCUCAGGCUAAACGGAGCCUCCCCAAUCAGGCCCUGCUUGAAGACACGUCCUGGACCUGGGCCCGAGGAGAGGGAGGAGAAGGAGGUAGAGUGGGAACGAAGAGCCAGCAACAAGACACAAGACGCUUCAAGAAGAGGAACAGAUGACAAGGUCGUGGAGAAGAAGAAAUCUGAGCUGAAGAUCUCCUACACCUCUAAAGUCAUGAGACACGUCAACAGUAACGGGGAAGCAGCUGCAGCGGAAGUGACCUCAUACCUAGUUGCAGGGAAACUGUCUCCAAGUCGCAGUGGCAGCUACGGAGGGCAGAGACAGGAGGAGGUGGAUGGAGAGGUUCCCGGGGGGCUGCUGGAGACAGAGAAGACGCCAGGCCAGGGACAGGGCACCCUAGAACAGCUGAGACAGAGACAGCAGGAGGACCAGGAGGAGAUGGAGGAGUUGAACCGCAGGAGAGAGGAGAAACGCAGAGCCAGGGAGGAGGAGGAGCACCAGAGAGAGAAAGAGGAGCAGCGCAGACAGGAGCAGGAGGAGGAGGAGAGGAAGAGGGUGAAAGACGGGAUGGAGAGCAGGAGGGCGUCGGCUUCAGAGAGAAGGAUGAAGAACCUCAGUAUUUCCAGCAUUGAGGGAGACGAGUCCUUCAGCCCCUUCAGUCCCAUGAGCCCCACCUUCAAGAAUGACACGGAGGAGAGGAUGACGUCUGAGAAUACCUGCACGAUCAACGAGAGGACUGAGUCUCUGAACCGCUCUCUGCAGAAAAGUAACAGCAUCAAGAAGAGCCAGCCUCCCAUCCCCAUCUCCAAGAUCGACGACAGGCUGGAACAGUACACUCAUGCCAUAGAGACGUCCUCUAAGGAAGCCAAGGCAGCCAGGCAGCAGGCUCUGACGGACCUGCCCAGCCCCACUGAGCCUGUGGCCUCCAAGAAGAACCUGUUUGAGGCCGGGGAAGCUUGGAGCCAGACGCCCAGGGAAACACCUUCCAAGGAUACAGAGGGUCUGAACGUAGGCGUGGCCGACCUCAUCCACCAAUGGGUGAAAGGGAACCCAGACGGAAGCUGCAAAAGCCUCUCCAAGCCAGCAAUUUCAACUGUCUUCUUACAUCUAUGGUACAUUCUAAUCUGUCCCUUCUUCAAGGAGGUGAAUGCCGGUGAUGUUCUGAGCAAGAAGAACCUCUGGGAGAACCUAGGAGACUCUUCCCCGUCUGGGAGAGCAGGGAAGGGAGCUUCCUCUGGUAAAAAGUACAAAUUUGUGAUGAUGGCUCACGGCAAGUAUGAGAAGGUUGCCGUCGGUGAUGAUGAUUACAACGAGCACACAAACGGGAAAUCAACUGGACAAUGACUUGAGGAAUCGUGAAGAACAGACGUUGGACUGUGAUUUACUUCAACGAUCACUUCACAUCAUAUUUAUCAUUCAUUCCAUUUAGCCGACAUAUUCCUCUUAAAAACAACAUUUAGAUCAACAUUUCUGAAGCAUAUGCAGUAUGUUAUGUGUACCAGUGGAUUUUCUCUAUAGCAACACACUGCCAACCUGGUAUAAAAUUAUUCACAAACGGUCCAAAAUAUACAAUUAUGCAAAAAUAUUCAUGUUUGUACUCGUUUAUUUUGGACAAUCUUAUCCAUGACGUCUUUUAGUGAAUAAUGUGUUUUCAAUUACUAUUUUGUUAACUUUAAUUAAAAAAAAGUAAAAAAAAAUAAAUGAAUGAGGUAAAUGUGCCAUUGUGUGAUAUACCGUAUUAACAAUAUUAAAGUCCUAUUUCAGUGCUUC